CCUCCCCCCACCCAGCUACCUGUAAAUCUGCGAUGCCAUCUUCCAACAAAUGGAUGAGACAGGCGGCCGCUGGAGCUAAAGGACAAAAAAGAAAUCACAAAAAGCGACAUUUUUUUCUUCUUUUUGUAGAAUAUUUGAGCUUUUCACCGUGAGGAGCGCAUUCAACAGUGCGCAGGACAAGAGGAGCUGCAGAAAGCUGCGCCGUCAAACAAGGUGGAGGAGUGAGUGAAUCAUCGACCGACGAGGACAGCGCUCCCCUUUUCUUUCUAUCUGUGCUAAUAAGCAAACGGAUCAGAAAUAUAGGGAACACUACGGGGUUUUUUGUUUUGGACCACGAACAUAAUGUGAUUUUAUUUUAUUUAUUUUUUUUACGCACAGAUCAAACGGAUGACGCGCAACUCGUGCCGUGGACGCGAAUCUUGAGGCGCACCUUGCUUUCAGAAGUUUCUUCUUCUUAUUCCCCGUCUCUCUGCCGUCCACCUAACUUUAAACAACCUYCCCCUUUUCGUGAAUGCAGGCGAGCGGGAAAGGAGAGCAAGGCGCGGCGAUCAAACAUGCCUGAGCCGCUGUGGCAUCAGGGGGCGCUGGCUGGAGCUCCCCGAAGCGCCUGAAUCUCUCUCGCUCUCUCUCCAUCCGAAUUGAUUUGUUUGCUCCUAAGGGGCCGGCAGGUGACCAGAAGUCCGUGAUGGCAAAGAAAGGAGAGAAAUACAGCCCGGACCCCUCGAUCCACAUAUCCAAGAUGAAUGUGGUCAUCCCGUUCUCGCCCGACGUGCCCUGUGACAGCAGCGGUCAGCGGAUGUGGUGGGCUUUCCUCGCCUCCUCCAUGGUCACUUUCUUCGGGGGGCUCUUCAUUAUCCUCCUGUGGAGGACCCUGAAGUACCUGUGGACCGUGUGCUGUCACUGUAACGCCAAGAAGAAGGACGUACACCGGAUCACGACGGGCGAUGGCAUUAAGCGUACGGACAAAGAGGACCCUGCGGCGAGCGAGGUGGGCUGGAUGACGUCGGUGAAAGACUGGGCCGGAGUCAUGAUAUCCGCCCAGACGCUGACGGGAAGAGUCCUGGUAGUUCUUGUGUUCGUUCUCAGCAUCGGAGCCCUUGUCAUAUACUUCAUAGAUUCCUCUGAUCCCAUUGAGUCCUGCCAGAACUUCUACAAAGACUUCACCUUGCAGAUCGACAUGGCAUUCAACGUGUUCUUCUUGCUAUACUUUGGCCUGCGUUUUAUUGCUGCCAAUGACAAGCUUUGGUUCUGGCUGGAGGUGAACUCGGUGGUGGACUUCUUCACAGUUCCUCCGGUGUUUGUGUCGGUGUACCUAAACAGGAGCUGGCUGGGUUUGAGGUUUUUAAGAGCCUUAAGGUUGAUACAGUUCUCAGAAAUUUUACAGUUUUUGAAUAUUCUAAAGACAAGCAACUCCAUUAAGUUGGUGAACUUGUGUUCAAUCUUCAUAAGCACAUGGCUAACUGCAGCAGGCUUCAUUCAUUUGGUGGAAAACUCAGGGGAUCCUUGGGAAAACUUCCAAAAUUCCCAAACACUUUCCUACUGGGAAUGUGUCUACCUACUCAUGGUUACGAUGUCGACUGUUGGCUAUGGAGACGUUUAUGCAAAAACCACCCUUGGCCGCUUGUUUAUGGUCUUCUUUAUCCUUGGUGGUUUGGAUGCAUUUUUUUCCCCCUCUGUUUUUGUCUUUUGCUGCCUUUUAGUUUUAUUGUCGCUCUGCCCCUCGUUUUCCAGGCACAUCGUGGUCUGUGGUCACAUAACRCUCGAGAGUGUGUCCAACUUCCUAAAAGACUUCCUACACAAGGACAGGGAUGAUGUCAAUGUAGAAAUUGUUUUUCUCCAUAAUAUUUCCCCUAAUCUUGAGCUGGAAGCCUUGUUCAAGCGUCAUUUUACCCAAGUAGAGUUUUACCAGGGGUCUGUCCUGAACCCACAUGACCUAGCCAGAGUGAAGAUUGAAUCAGCUGAUGCCUGCCUGAUCUUAGCGAACAAAUACUGCGCUGACCCAGACGCCGAAGAUGCAUCCAACAUCAUGAGGGUAAUAUCUAUCAAAAACUACCAUCCGAAGAUYAGAAUAAUAACGCAGAUGCUGCAGUACCACAAUAAGGUUCGUAUUCAUCUUACUGUGGACACGUUUCUGCUGUCUAACAUCUUCUCUUUGUUGCAGAUUGAGGAGGACACAUGGCAGAAGUAUUACCUUGAAGGAGUAGCCAAUGAGAUGUACACAGAGUACCUGUCAAGUGCCUUUGUUGGGUUGUCCUUCCCAGUCAUCUGCGAACUCUGCUACGUGAAGCUGAAGUUACUCUUGAUAGCUAUAGAGUACAAGUCUGAUCAAAGGGAAAGCAGCACUUUGAUCAACCCUGGAAACCAUGUGAAAAUGCAGGAGGGAACCCUGGGCUUCUUCAUUGCAAGUGAUGCCAAAGAAGUGAAAAGGGCGCUGUUUUACUGCAAGGCCUGUCACGAUGACAUAACAGAUCCCAAAAGAAUAAAAAAAUGUGGAUGCAAGAAAUCCAAGACACCCGCCUACAAGAGAAUGAGACUGGCAUGUUGCUUUGAUCGCAGGCGCUCAAAGUGGGAGCGCUCUUGCAUGCCGGUUAUAGUGCGUUGUAACUUGGACUCCCCUCAUCGGGACAUCCCACUCUCUGCUCUCUCUGUUAAUGAUUGCUCGGCCACUUUACGUGCCUCUAAAAAUAGCUAUAAUGGAUAUAUCAAAUCAACAGUAAACAACAGCCCUGUAAUCCGAUCGCCGCCUUAUCAGUCCAAAUCAGCCAAACUGAACCAUGUCUCAGCCAGCGUGGUCUCUAGGGSCCCCCACAGAGUUGUUGCUGUCCCCAUUCCCUUGGUAAACAACCGCAAGGGAAGCCUACUGGCCCUCAGCAAGCCCUCCGCCCUGAAACUGAGCCUCGUGGGCUCCAGAGACCUGGCCCAGGUCGGCCGGCUGCCAGGGGUGGCAGAGGAGACUCGUCAACUUCAGCGGGCGCGAAGCCUGCCGGUGAAGUACAGAUACCAKCCUGGUCACCCCAGUGUCACCACACUCGGUCGGCGGCAGUUUGAAGAGGACCAACAGACAGCUCUGUCACCCAAAAAGAAGCAGCGCAAUGGAGGCAUGAGAAAUUCUCCAAACUCCUCGCCCAAGAUAACAAGACACGACCCACUCCUCAUCCCAGGCAGUGAGCAGAUUGAGACCAUGGAUGAGAACAUAAAGAAAUACGACUCCACGGGGAUGUUUCACUGGUGCCCGUCCAAAGAUAUCGAGAAGGUCAUCCUGACCCGCAGCGAAGCAGCUAUGACUGUUCUGAGCGGACACGUGGUCGUGUGCAUCUUUGGAGAUGUGAAAUCGGCGCUGAUCGGUCUGCGAAACUUUGUCAUGCCCCUGAGAGCGAGYAACUUCCACUACCACGAGCUGAAACACAUUGUGUUUGUCGGUUCCCUGGAAUACCUGAAGCGCGAGUGGGAAACUCUACACAACUUYCCCAAAGUAUCCAUUCUGCCUGGCACACCGUUGAGCAGGGCUGAUCUGAGGGCUGUCAACAUCAACCUCUGUGACAUGUGUGUCAUCCUGUCAGCCAAUCAGAACAAUAUUGAUGAUGCAUCACUGCAGGACAAAGAGUGCAUCCUGGCGUCACUUAACAUCAAAUCCAUGCUGUUUGACGACAGCAUCGGGGUCUUGCAGGCCAAUUCGCAAGGCUUCACGCCRCCAGGGAUGGACCGAUCCUCUCCUGAGAACAGCCCAGUCCACGGAUUAGUGCGGCAGACCUCUGUUACUACUGGAGCAAAUAUUCCCAUCAUAACAGAGCUUGCACCGUUAGCAAAGCAAGGCAAAAAAGUGCCUGUGAUUUCAUUCAGUCAGGAUAAAAGCAGUGGGACCAGCAUACAAAUGAUAACUGAGCUGGUUAAUGACUCGAACGUUCAGUUUCUGGACCAAGACGAUGACGACGAUCCAGACACAGAGUUAUACCUCACUCAGCCUUUUGCCUGUGGGACAGCAUUUGCAGUCAGUGUACUGGACUCCUUAAUGAGUGCGACGUACUUCAAUGAUAAUAUCCUCACCUUGAUCCGGACAUUGGUAACGGGUGGCGCCACGCCGGAGCUUGAGGGGCUGCUGGCCGAGGAGAAUGCAUUACGCGGUGGCUACAGCACACCGCAGACCCUGGCAAACAGGGACAGGUGUCGGGUGGCACAGCUGGCCUUGUACGACGGGCCCUUUGCUGACCUCGGGGAUGGUGGGUGCUACGGGGACCUAUUCUGUAAAGCCUUGAAAACAUACAACAUGUUGUGUUUUGGCAUCUAUCGCUUAAGGGAUGCACAUCUGAACACACAAAGCCAGUGCACCAAACGGUACGUCAUCACCAAUCCCCCGUAUGCAUUUGAACUCGUGCCCUCCGACCUCAUAUUCUGCCUGAUGCAGUUUGACCACAACGCCGGUCAGUCACGGACCAGCCUUUCCCACUCGUCUCACUCCUCGCACUCUUCGAGCAAAAAGAGCUCUUCUGUCCACUCUAUCCAAACUACCAACCGCGCCAACCGAGUCAAAAGCAGGGACUCGCGAGACAAACAAAAUGCAACAAGGAUCAAUAGAGUUGGCCAAGAAAAGACAUGGUUUACAGAUGAACCAGAGAAUACCCACCUGAGGACCAUACAGAUCAAUCCUGUGAAUACGCUCGCCAUCAAACCAGUCGGUCACAAUAAAUCCGCCAGUAGCUUGAUCCCACCCAUCAGAGAAGCCGAGGACGAGUGCUGAGCUCCGGACCUCACCCCGACACCUGGACAACUGGACCUUCCAAGAGGACAUAUUGAGUGGGUGUCAGUGUGGACCUCGGAUCAUUUAUCAGCAAGACAAACUGCUUUUCUUCCUUCAUCUUUGCAGCAAUGUAACAUCUGAUCUGAUGUAGAAACAUAAAGACAAUCCUGACCACCACUCAACUUUCAGUUUGCAAAGCAGUGACCAGACUCCAUGACUGUUUUUUUUUUUUUUUGCUUUUUCACUUUAUUUUGGGGAAUGAGGGUCACUUGAGCAAGAGCAUAACCAUAGGCGAUUAUAAGCCCUGCUGGAUAAAAGACUCUAGUUGUAAAAGUUGCCUUUUAAGCUGUACAUGAACAACUACUGCUACUGCAUUUGAGUCUGGUUAAUGUAUUCUGUACAGUUUGUUAGAAUGUGUAUUUUACAUCCAGCUGCACCCCAACGCCCAUCCACCACCACAGUGGCAUUGUUGAGGACUGAUGCUGCGCUCCAUUUACCACAGGAGUCGGAAAUCCAGUAAGGGAUGGAAAUUAGCACUGGCCUAAAGUGGGUAAAUUUAUGAAAUGGUGGAUAAUCAGUUCAAAGGUCAGGGAGACAGGUUUGCAAUUCAUCAAUUCGCCUGUAGGGGGCAACAGUGCACCUGAGCUGCAGCUACAUUGCUGCAAAAACCGUUAAUAGUAGAAGAAAUUCUGAAUAGUUUUAUAUACACAGUAAAUAGUUGAUAAAAAAACCCAAACUUUUAAACAUUCUCAAAAUGAGCCAAAGAAUAUUAUGAUAAACUAAAGAAAGCACUAACAAUGAGUGGCUAGUUGUUUUUAUGAGAAUAGCAUUGUUCCCAAUGCAAGCAGCAGGUUUUGGAUUUUCUGACCUUUCAUUAUUGGAUGCUUUUGCAGUUUUGCUCUUUGUGUGACCCAAAUUUAUUCAGACAUUUUCUAAAGCAACAGGCGCAUUGGAACUGUAUUUCCGUUUUUGUUUUUUUUUUACUUAUAUGGCAGAGAACAGUGUUUGAUAAUUCACGUUUUUGGUUUCAUCUCAAGAAAACAUCAGCAUAAUCUCAAUAGGCUACAUAUCUAACCUUCUAAUUGCUGUUUUUAAAUAAUAUGGAUGUAAAAUUUGACCUUGUAGCUGUACAUUUCCAUGCCAAACAUCAGACAUUUGAACAUCUCAACAAAAAUGGCUAUUUAAAAAAAAUAUGGUGUUGGUUUGGUUUCAGCUAACUUGGUUAUGAAUAAUUUAUGUUGAAAAUUUAGUUUCAACAAUCAAAGUCUGCUAAAYGUUUUACGACAUGACAUAAGCAAUUAGCUCACGAUAAAUCACUUCCAAAYGUUUUCUACCUUCAAGGUGACAUUUAUGUGCAAUUUAACAGAAAAUUGAAUUAGUUGAAGUGAUAAAUAAUAUGCUAUAUUAUACAAUUUUGAAAUUCUGCUACAUAGGUGUGCUCRUUGGAAAACAGAAAAUUGGCUGAACCACAUUAUGAUUCAUUUUCAGCUUUCCACUUCUUAAAUUGGUAAUACAAUUUUUUUUCAAACCAUGUAAAAUGAGACGGUUCUGCUCCUUUUUGAACCUUUCUGCAAACUAUGGAUUUAGCAUAAGGAGGUAAAUGAGCAAAUAUUAUGAAAAUCCUACAAGAGAAGAACUAAACUGUCCCCAAAUUGACAGGARAUAAAUCAAAAGCUGGCUCAAUAAAGCAAUAGUAUAGGGUGUACACACGUACACGACAAGGUAAUUUUUUAUGUUCUCUCAUAUUUGUGUAUUUUUGUAUUCAAUAAUACAAAAAAWAUAUAUACAGGUCACAUUAAAUGUGGUUCAAAGUAAUUUUGUAUGAUCAUCAAACUGUUAUUCUGUAAUAGCCGAUAGGCACAAAAGGGUAUUAUCAUAAUUAUAAUCAAGAAUAUAUGGUGUAAAUACAAAGUCUUCUGAAAAUAUGCAGUUAAAUUAAAAGCAAGAUUUGAACAUUUAUAUURUUAAUUAUCUCCAACAUAUAUCAAAAGUACUUACCAACAGAGAGAAAUAUGCUUGUAAUGUUUUAUUACUUGGGUAUGCACUCCACCUACAUUAUUCAUAAAGUAAGUAAGAAGAGAGAAGAUGGGAACACUUGGGUAUGUUUAUGAUUGAUUCCAGCAGAUAUGAGCUUCAUGAACUACGAUACCUACUGUUAGAAGUAUGAAACAACAAUAAAUUUGCUCUCUAUUUUAUGCAUUAAACACUGCAAUACACUCUGUAGGAUUUUAUCGUUCUGAGUGCGAUUGACCAAGAGUCAAAACUGAAAAAUAAAUGUUUUCCACUAAAGCUUUCCCAACGUUUAGCAAGCGUGGCAGCCAUGUUUGUGGUGGUUGGCAUUAAUAAGAAACCUACAACUUUUCUCCUGGAUAUUCCAAGUUCAGGACUUCUCACAUUAUAUUUUUUUUUAACUCAGCAUCCAUGGAUUCCAAGUGCAAGUGGUGCGCAGCAUGACUCAGUGGUUUCUUUGCCAUUUGGAGCUAAUUCACAACAUUUGUGAUGGUUAACAUCGGCCAGUGUCCAUAUUGAAAUGGCAUAUGGCUCUAGCCUUAUCUCUAUACACAUGUACUUGUCUUAUCUUUGCCUUUUCAAGUCUGUAAAUGUUUUAAAUGCUUUUUUAUGCAAACCAAAACUCCCAAAAUAUCACCACAAAUGAAACAAAAGGUAACUUUUUAUGAUAGAGCUGUUUUUUUUCCUGAGAUCUAUUCAUUAACACAUAAUACCGUUGACAGUUUCUAUAACAGAGCAUGGCACAAUAUUCCAAGUAUGCAGAUGAGUUGAUUUUUUUUUUUUUUAAAGCCACAUAUCGCAUGAAGUGGGCAUCUUUAAGUCCUCCUUUGGCUGUAAGCACUGCCUGACACAGGAUUGUCUUGGAGGCAAUGAGGAAACUUGAAUGUACUCCAUCACCAAUCUUAAUGCCAUGAUCGGUUCAUUGCAUGGACGCUCGUCAAACAGCUCUAUCAUAAAAAYGGGUUUGUGUCCAGAAACAARAAUUCCGAUAAAUCAAUAAUGAUCAACAAUAUCAGCAAAUAUGGUUSUUUUGCUCUCAGAAGUCAUGUCUUAUUUARAUAAUGGAACACAGCUAUACUGGCACUGUUGUCACUUUACUUUAGCAUCCAUGAAGAUAAGAAGUAAUAACAUUAGUCCGUGACAUUCUGAAUCCACAGGUGAUUCUUCGUGGCCUAGMUUAGGAUUUGUGUUGGAUGUUGAAGGACAAAACACAAGGUUUGUGACAUUUUUACUGGCACAGAGAACAUCCGAGCUGUCCGUCCCUCGGUGCCAGUAAUGUGCCAGGCAGUGCUGAAGCCAACGGAGGACUCCACAAAGACCCACUGCUGCGAAAAGAGGCUUCUAGUUUUGCUUUCUCACCGUCGGUAAUUCAACUCUCGAACGUCUUAAAAAAYAGCUUCCACCACCAUCGCAAAGCAAUGUAUUUCAUGUAAAUCUGUAAAACUUAAAUGUAAAGUAUUUCUUUGUAGCGUGUUCCUGUUUGACGGUACCUGUGGUGUUGAGACACAUUCAGCAUUGCUUGUAUUCAUUUUAUGCACUUUUUAGCACAUCCACUCGUCAAACGAUGGUCCCGAUUUGAUAUCUACGUCACUAUACGCAGAAAUAACAUUAUUGUCUUGUAUAAACUUGAUUGUACAUAAAUUGUACAUGAUUUCAUUUUGUAUUUUCACAAAUUAAAAGCAGAUGUAUGGUGUUUUAUCGAA